AUGAGUUCUCCGGCAAAACAAGCUCAGUCGCCAACACCCGAGGCACAGUCGCCAAAGGGAAAGGGAAAGGGCAAGUCACCCACUCCUGGACCCGCGUCCCCAGUGGGAAAGAAGUCGCCCACGCCUGCUCCCGUGUCUCCAGCGGCCGAUGACUCUUCAGAGCCCGUUGGCCUUUUGUCCGGUUCCCAUUGGGGCGAGCAGGAUGUGGAUGAUGACAAUGAUUCCACCCUGGGCAGCGAUGUUGAAAGCUCGACCGCCUCGAUCUCUUCCAGCAUUUUGCAGUACCGCACACUUCAUGGACGAACGUUCCACAGCGAUUCAGUGACCGAUGGAGAGUACUGGGGUCCUAACGAUGCGAAGGCAAACGAGUUGUUGGACAUCUUCCACCAUACCAUGACUAUGGCCCUUGAUGGGAAGCUAUACACGGCCCCGCUCAAGGAGGAUAUCAAGACAGCUCUCGAUGUCGGUACUGGCAGCGGAGUCUGGGCCAUUGACUUCGGGGAUGAAUUUCCCAGAUGCAACGUAAUUGGCACUGAUAUUUCUCCUUCUCAACCUAGUUGGGUGCCUCCCAACGUCCGCUUCGAAGUCGACGACGCAUCUAAGGAAUGGACCUUCCAAGAGAACUUUUUCGACUACGUUCACAUUCGCUGGCUUACCGGCACUAUCCGGGAUUGGCCUGCCUUGUAUAAGGAGGCCUUCAAGUGUACGAAGCCCGGUGGCUGGAUUGAACACGUCGACGCUGAUGCUAGGAUCCAUUGCCAUGAUGGAACUAUGCCUGACGAUUCCGCUUUUGGCCAGUGGGGUCCAAUCUGGAAGGCAGUUGGGGGGCAUAUCGGGACCGAAUUUGACCUGCCUUCCUCGGGCAUCAUGGAAAGGGGAUUGGAGGAGGCUGGGUUCACCAAUAUCGAGUGCGAGGAUCUUGUCAUUCCCCUCUCGCCCUGGGCCGAAGACCCUAAGAUGAAGCAGCUGGGUCUUUACAACCUCGCGGCGAUGACCCAUGACAUCGAGGGCUUCCUGUCGUACUUGAUGCCUACUUAUUUGGGGUGGGAGGCCAAGGACAUUGCGAACUACGCCGCCACUGCCCGUCGCGAGUACAAAGAAGGCAUGAUCCACGCUAACAUUAGAUGGCGUAUUGUCAAGGCGCAGAAGCCGCUGGAUGCUUGA